AUGGCAGAUGAUGAGCAAUUUGAUAUAGAUGUAGAUAGUGAAAUGGAAGAUGACGACGACAACGAUGACGACGAAGGAUCGGACGACGACACAGGCUUUUUUCCAAUUGAUGAACCCAUUGUACAUUCAUCACAAUCGAAUACAACAACAGCAGCAUCAUCAAUACAGGCAACAAAACAAGGAAGAGGAACAUCGGAACAAUCAGUAAAUAAAUAUUCGAGUGGAACCAGUGCAUCGACUGUACAUCCACAAGAUAAUAAUUUUGAAUAUGUUGUAUUAUCACAAGAUGAUAUAGUCAAAUAUAUGGUAGAAUGUAUUAAAGAAGUCAAUGAAGUUAUUAAAUUACCAUCAACAACCGUACGUUUAUUACUGCAUCAUUUUCGUUGGGAUAAAGAAAAACUAAUGGAACGUUUCUAUGAUCCUAAUCAUCAAGAUGAAUUAUUUCGACAAGCACAUAUUGUUAAUCCAUUUAAGAAACCUCCUCAUUUUCAUACACAAUUAUCGAGUUCAUCACAUCGUACGACACGUCGUCAAUUAUCAACGACGUCACCUUCGCCUUCACCAUCAGUAACAAUUACAACGAAUCCAUUGAAACCUGUAACUGAACAAACAUGUGCUAUAUGUUGUUCAACUAAACCAAUCAAUGAAAUGGCUGGUCUCGAGUGUGGUCAUAAUUUUUGUAUUAUCUGUUGGCAAUAUUAUCUAACAACGAAAAUUAUGCAUGAAGGCAUUGGACAGACAAUCCCUUGUCCAGCUAAAUGUGACAUUCUAGUCGAUGAUAAAACUGUAUUACGUCUUAUUGAAAAUUCCAAUGUUCGUCAAAAGUAUCAACAUUUAAUAACGAAUUCAUUUGUCGAAUGCAAUCGAAAUAUGCGAUGGUGUCCCGGUGCGAAUUGUACCAAUGCUAUAAAAGCAUCUUAUUGUGACGUGGCAAUGGUUACUUGUACGACAUGUAAAACAUCAUUUUGUUUUCAAUGUGGACAAUCUUGGCAUGAGCCAAUCAAAUGUAAAUGGCUUAAAAAAUGGCAAAAAAAGUGUCACGAUGAUAGUGAAACCAGUAACUGGAUUGCUGCCAAUACGAAAGAAUGUCCUAAGUGUCAUGCUACUAUUGAAAAAAAUGGCGGUUGUAAUCACUUAAUUUGUAAAAAUCAAUCUUGCAAAUAUGAAUUUUGUUGGGUAUGUUUGAGUGCUUGGGAACCGCAUGGUUCAUCGUGGUAUAAUUGUAAUCGUUUUAAUGAAGAUGAUGCUAAAAAAGCUCGUGACGAACAAGAACGUUCAAGAGCAGCACUCCAACGCUACUUACAUUAUUAUAAACGUUAUCAUAAUCAUCAUGAAUCAUUACGAUUAGAAAAUAAACUAUUGGAUCAAGUACAAAAACACAUGGAAUCAAUGCAACAACAAAUGAGUUGGAUUGAAGUACAAUUUCUUCAAAUAGCAUGCGAUGUUCUUCGACAAUGUCGUCAAACAUUGAUGUAUACGUAUCCAUUUGCAUUUUAUCUCAAACGAAACAACCAUUCUAUUAUAUUCGAACAGAAUCAGGCUGAUUUAGAACAUGCUACAGAAGAAUUAAGCGGAUAUUUAGAACGAGAUUUUUCUCAGACAAAUGCAAGUCUAACAGAAUUAAAACAAAAAGUACAAGAUAAAUAUCGUUAUUGCAGUACACGUCGUAAAGUACUGUUGGAUCAUGUUACUGAAGGAUACGAAUGUGAAUAUUGGGAAUACAACGGCAAUGUGUAA